AUGAAGGCCGUGAAGGAGGUGGAGUUGCUCGCCUACAUGGAUGAGGUCGAGCAGGAGGAGGAUGAGGCAGAGCCCUCCCACCCGCCGUCCAACCGGCGCCCGUCAACAUACCGCUCACGCUCCUCAUCGUCCUCCUUGACCUGCUCCUCCCGCCCGCGCUCCUCUCCAACUUCCUCCGCGUCGGCGUCCACCACGCCUCCGCACAUAGCGUCCUCGCCCAGGCCAGGGGCUUCCACUUCCACUCCUCCCUCGUCGACCUCCCCGCCGUGUCCGCCGCCCGCUCCCUCCUCAUCCUCUGCGCGUACACGGCGUGCGGGGCGGCGCGGCCUACCUGUGGGUGGCGGCGGCCUGCAGCGUCGGCUCCCUCUUCUAUGUCAUCGCCAAGGCCGUCGGCAGAUCGGCCGUGCGUAUGAAUCCGUCAAGGCGGAGCAGCGGGUGGGGGAGCGAAAUCAGGCGAUGGCCAGCAAGUCCAGGCAGGUUCCGACCGUGGUCGCCCUCACUCUUUUUUCGUAUGUUGUUUGCUUAUUUUGA